AUGAUAAUUGGGUUAUAUUUGUUUGAUCUUCAAAAAAAAGUAUGACAUACCUAUCAUUAUAAUGUUUUGAAUUGUUAAACUCAUUUCUUAAGAGAAUUUAUACCCAAGAUAUGAGAAAUAUCUUAAUGUUUUUACAUUUUUAUAACUUUCUAGCUGCCCCGCUCUCGGCGUUGCCCAUGUUAAUUUUUAUCCAUUUUACCUUUAUUUCCGUUUUGCUUUGUCCGUAUUAGUAUAUCGAACUAAAAAAAAUAAGUGAAAAGUUGAUAGUCUACGGACUAAUAAUAUUUUAGUGUAUCAUAAAUUUAUUCAUUCGUGUUACCAUAGAUACCCGCACAACACAGGGAUUAAAUUAGAUACUAACCAUUAUAAUAACCUUAAAAUUAUGAGGAUAUAAUGGUCCUUUAGUGUUGUUACUUUACCAAAAAAAAGAAAGAUUCAGAGAUGACGUUUUACAUGUUUUCACUUUUCACUUAAUGACUCAGUACAACGCAUAGUUAUAUUGUUUUUAUAUUCAUUCAUGUUUCCAAGGUAGCCAAUGUUAUUUCAAUCCAAUAAAAGACCAGCAGACGGAUAGAUAGACCCUUUAUUUUAAAUCGAUAAAGUUGUUAUGACAUUAUUGUAUCUGUUUAUUAUAUAUUUUUUUGUUUUUAAUUAUUUUUCAUUUCAUUUGUGUUGCUAUGGGAAUCCAUAAUUCAACAAAAAUAAUUUAAUUUUUGUACCAAAAAUAUUUAAAAACUUUUCAUCCCCUUCAAGUUUUUUAUUUGUGACAAAAGUAGCCUAUGUUUUUCACCAAGGUCACAUCUAUCUCCUUACCAAAAUUAAUCAAAAACUUUCGGUAGUAUUAAGGUGAAAAAGUACAAAUUUCCAUUCAUUUUCAUAGUCUUUUACAUUUAUAAUAUUAGUAGAAUAAGUAGAAAGAUCAUAUUUCCAAAGUUUAAAAUACUUUGCACUGAUUUAAUUAUGAUAAAUCCUCAAUAAUUAUUGUUCUCAGGUAAAAUAUUUUUCUAAUUAAUUUAUAAAAAUAGCAACAACUUUACAACUCAUAAAUAUAUUGUAAUAUGUAUGGCAUCAUUAAUUAAUAAUGUUAUUUUGAUAUCAAAUGAUUUCUAGAAUAUUUCUUUUAUCUCAAUUCAUGGUUUUUCGUGAGUAUGAACACAUAAUAAAUUAUGAACGGAGAAUUUAAUUAUUAUGUUUAAUCGAGAUUUCUACUGAACAGUUGUUCUGAAAACUAACAUUAACUAUAAAAAAAAAUAUUAGUACCUACUUAUAAAACUAUACAUAAUAUUAGUACUCAAAAAAUAUUUUAAUAUUUUUAAAAAUAUUCCAACAUAUAAUCUUUAACUAAUUAGAAUACAAUAACAGUCAACAAUAACUUACAAACAUAUAAGAUUGUUAAUAUUUUAAAUUUAAAAAAUGCAUAUUUCAAAAUCAUAACUUAUCAUUAUUAAUGAUGAGUAAUGAUUUUUUAUACAGUGAACUGUUAUUAUAAUAUAACAAUUUAAUUAUUUUAUAAAAUUAUAUUAAUUGAAAAUUGUGUUCUUAUUUCCCAGUCCAUUUUAGUACUAACUGACACCAAUAAUGGUAAGUAUUUCAAAAAUUGUUUUAAUAAUUAUUUUUAAAAACUAUUUAAUANUAUUAUAAUAUAACAAUUUAAUUAUUUCAUAAAAUUAUAUUAAUUGAAAAUUGUGUUCUUAUUUCCCAGUCCAUUUUAGUACUAACUGACAUCAAUAAUGGUAAGAAUUUAAAAAAUUGUUUUAAUAAUUAUUUUUAAAAACUAUUUAAUAUUUUCUUAUUUAAAUACAGCUCCAUCAUAUAAAAGUAAAAGAUUGGUAUGGCCAGAAGAAUUACCAAUUGGCGAUAGAAUUAAAAAUCAAUUAAAUUAUAUACCAAAAGGCUACAAUUAUGAGAAGACACCUGUUAAAACGAUUUUAAUUUAUACCGGAAUGGGUUCCCCUUGGGAAAGACCACUACUUGGCCAAGGCCUUUUUUUUGGUUGUCCUGUAAGUCAAUGCAUGUUAACGGUGAACACUUCAUUAGCCCCAGAAGCUGAUGCUGUCUUAUUCAGGCAUAUUUUCAAUCGUCCGUCUUAUAAAAGACCACCAAAUCAGGUAUGAAUAUUAAAAAUAUUAUUUUUUUUUUUUUGCUUGAUCAAUUAUAUAAACAAUAAUAAAUUACUCGGUACUCCAACCAUAACUUUGUUUAUGUGAUGAUAUUCUGCACGCCACACAUGUCUUGCCCAUUUUAGUAUUUUGCUUUCCGGAAAUUGGUAAAUAUUUGGUUAAUUUAAUAAGCUUUGUGUAUCAUCAUUAUUCCUUCUGUCGAAAAUUCCUGAAUCUAAAUUAUACACCGUUCCACAUAAUUAUUUUUAAAUUUUCCUUUUAUAGCCCUCACCUAUUAUAUAAGUAAAUGAGGACGAUAUUAAGGGAGAUACCAUGCUACGUUUUAAAAAUUAAAAUUUAUUUUGUUCACAAUUACAGUCAUUUUAAAAUAUCGGAAUUGACGUUAUUUCUGAACGAUGUACUGAGCAUUAUGUUCGGAAUAAUGGCAAAAACGCACAGUAUAUAGUAUACGCGUAAUCAAUUUUAUUUCAAAUUUAUUAUAAAUAUUAGACUAAUGGAAUUCCUUGUUUUAAUAUAGUAGCUGUAAAAAACUGCGAAUUUUUGUCGAUUAAAUUAGAUAAUCUAGAAGUAUAUUUUUAUUUCGUGAUAUGGUUUUUUUUUUUUUAUUAGAAUUCAGCUUAUAAUCCAUGUAUGAUUUUAUCUAUUAUAAAAUACUAUGUAACAAUGUGAAAAAAAAUAUUUUACCUUUAUUUGGUGUGUAGUAUGUUGUACAUGCACAUUACGUCACUGAUAUACCUGGUAAUUCUUUGAAGUGAGUAGGUACCAUCAUUUACUCGGAAAGUAGUGGAGCUUUAUUAAAAUGCUACACUACUCUCGCCCUACCAAAACUAAAAAAAGGAAUAUCUCAUUUACAGGUUUACAGAAAUCAAAAAUUUUUUACACCAACAUGUAUUUAAGCUAAUACUCCAUCAAAUUAUGAAAUUUAUUAUAUAGAUUGCCAUUUGAAAAUCAAUAGUAGGUUGUCGUUUCAUUCCCAAAAAUAAUGAUAAAAAAAAAUAGAGUAUUGAAAAAAAAUAUAUGUAUAGGUACAAUUGUGGUAGGUUUCAGCUUUUUCGACAUAUUGCUUAAUCAGUUCCUGUAACCAAGAUUUUAUAAACAUCGUAUAUUUUUUUUUUGUUAAAAGCUUUUUAAUAACAUUUCCGAGAACUCGAGAAUAUAUAUUCAAUAUUCAUUCUUAUGGAGAAAUUAAUUUUUUAAAUUUCAAUAUUAUUACAAUGUGAUGUUGUUAUCACUAAUGUCAUUUUGAACGAUUUAAAUAUUAAUAAUGAUAUAACUAUUCACUCAAAUCAUUAUUUUGACUACGUGAAGUAAUUGAUUAUCUUUUUAUAAUGUUAUUAAUUUGUCUUCACAGCUUUUAAUUUUAUAUUCUUAGGUAUAUGCAUUUCACCACCAGAAAUAUAACUUCACGGUAUUUCCAGUUUAUGAGUUAAAUUUAGUAGAAAUUAAGUUCGUGGAUUUUUAAUUUCAGUAUAAAAAUUAUAUAUUAUUAAUUAUAUCAUAAACAUUAAGUAUUACUAAUUAUUGAUCAUACUAUAUAAUUUUUAUUAUAAACACGGAUGCCAUUUUAUUUUAGAUUUGGAUUAUUGAACAUACUGAAUCACCUUAUGCAACAUCGCAUAUAAAUGAUAACGGUGAUUUUAAUUGGACAGUUAACUAUCGUUGGGAUAGUGACAUACCGCGACCUUAUGGGUAUUUUAAAAAAUAUGAACCUGAACAACCCUUGCCAAGUAUUGUUAAAAAUUAUGCAGAAGGUAAAACUAAACAAGUUGCUUGGUUCGUGUCAAAUUGUAAUCCCAAUAACAAACGUAACGAAUAUGCUGCUGAACUUUCAAAAUAUAUUUCGGUUGAUAUAUAUGGUCUUUGUGGUACUCUACAAUGUCUCAGAUCUAAUGAAGAAGAAUGUUUCAAGAUGUUGAAUGAAGAUUAUAAAUUUUACUUAGCUUUUGAAAACGCAAACUGUGCAUAUUACAUUACGGAAAAAUUUUUCUUAAAUUCACUUAGGUAAGUUUUAAUUAUACAUAUGUAUUACCAGGGAUGGGCAAGUUACAGUACAUAGUGUAACUGGAUACAAGUUACAUGUUACAUUUUUCCUAAAUAACUGGUUAACAGUUACUAUUACUGUAAUAUAAGUNUAUCAAAUUGUAUUCAAAUAUUAAUUUGAAACAUUUUUUAAUCAAAGCAAUUAAUUAAGGUUUUAACGUUAUGUAUCAACACUUUAUUUUAAUGCAGACAAUUUUUUUUUUACACUUGGAUAUCGUAUGGUGAACUAAUAGUUCAUAGUUUACAAUCGUUUAAAGGUAUAAUACCUUAAUAUAGGUUAGUACUUACAUCCGUAUAUUUUAUUUUUUGAUUCUGAGCCUAGCGAAGGAUCUAUUAGUUCUCCAUGGUGUUUUCUCUCUUUCAUUAUUAUCUUUUGACCAAAUUAUAUAAUAUGAUACAAAUGUAUUUUGUUGCAUUUUGGAUCCUGAUUUUAUAAUAAUAGAGAAAAACUAGUUUUUUUUUUCUGAUUAUGUACCUGUACAUGGAAGUUUAUAACAAAAAUGUUUUUUUAACACUAUGAGUUAUUUACAGUCAUAAUGUGUUGCCAAUUGUCAUGGGAGCAUCUCGGAGGGAAUAUGAAUUAGUUGCGCCUAACCAUUCGUUCAUACACGUUGAUGAUUUUAAAUCUGCAGAGGAUUUAGCUAUGUAUUUACACAAAUUGGACAAAAAUGAUGAGUUAUACAACGAAUAUUUUAAAUGGAAAGACACCGGUACACUUAUGAUAAAUACCAUAUUGUAUUGUCGGAUUUGUGCAAUGCUUCACGAUAAAGAUCAUCCACCAAAACACUAUACAAAUCUCUCGAAAUGGUGGAGUGGUCCUGAUGUUUGUCAUCCCUAAAAACAAUACAAUUUGAGUUGUGGACUAUCUCUUACUCUUUUAGAUACUAUUAUAAAUUUCAUUAGUUUUUUAAUAUUCGUAAUUUUAUAUUAAUAUUAAAAUAAGUUAUACUAAGGUAUCUAUAUAAAUGAAGCUUGUCUUAAAUUAUUAUUUUUUUAAAAUUGUUCUAUAGAAUAUAGACAUUUUUGAUUUUGUAAAAUAAAAAAAGGAUUUACAUUUUCCUGUUUAAAAUUAAUGAAUUUACCAAAUGUAAUAUGUAAGAGUCCAUUUCAAUUUAUCAUAGUGCCUAUAAUAUACAUUUUAUGCCAAGUAUAUUCAUGUUAAAAUAUUAAACUAAAUAGUUACACUUGCAUGAUUUUGACUUUUAAUGUAUAUCAGGGAUAUUUACGAUUCUUAUCGCGUUUAUGAGAAUCGUGAAAACCAAACCUCAAAAAUCCCAACAUUUAUACAGGAACUAAUAAACAUAAUAUAAAUUAUUUUAAACGAAAGAUGUUUUUAUUUUUGAAAUAAAAUAAUUAGGUUUAACAAUGUAUGUUUUAUACAAAUUAAUAGGCAACAUACAUUGUUAUUUGUUUAAACCAUUUUUUUCUUUGUUCCAUCGUGUCAGCCUGGAAAAACUCAGAAGUCAAACAUUGGUUUAUUGAAACUGACCAUCCGUGAUGAAUUAUAUAUUAAUACAAUAACUUUUAUAAAAUAAUCAUUGAACAAUUUUAUACUUAUAUAUUUAUGUAUUUAUGAUUUAAAAAAUGUAAACUAUUAACAUAUGUUUAAACAUCUGGUUAUGUAUACCAUAUAUACAUUCACCUAUUGCCUAAAUAUACGAAUAUUAGUACCGCGUGUAUUAAAAAAUUGAUCCAUGUAAAAACAGUAUUUACAAUAUAAUUUUAGUGUGAAUAAAAUUUUUUAAACAGUUGAAAGUGGAUAUUUAUAAAAUUAUUUUAUUAGUAAAUAAAUUUAAACGCGUUAUUUUUUUUAAUUGAAUCUUUAAUAUUUGUGUUGUGAUAAAUAACUGAAUAAAAUACCAUAAUGAAUACAUACAACAUUACUGUUCGUAAAAAUCGUAUAAUAUCGAUCUUCAGUGUAUUAAUAUUUUUCUCGACAUUAAUAAUAAUUGGGUUAUAUUUGUUUGAUCUUCGAAAAAAAGUAUGACAUACCUAUCAUUAUAAUGUUUUGAAUUGUUAAACUCAUUUCUUAACAGAAUUUAUACGCAUAUUAUGAGAGAUAUCUUAAUGUUUUUACAUUUUUAUAACUUUCUAGCUGCCCCGCUCUCGGCGUUGCCCAUGUUAUUUUUUAUCCAUUUUACCUUUAUUUCCGUUUUGCUUUGUCCGUAUUAGUAUAUCGAACUAAAAAAAAUAAGUUAAAAGUGGAUAGUCUACGAACUAAUAGUAUUUUAGUGUAUCAUAAAUUUAUUCAUUCGUGUUACCAUAGAUACCCGCACAACACAGGGAUUAAAUUAGAUAUCAACCAUUAUAAUAACCUUAAAAUUAUGAGGAUAUAAUGGUCCUUUAGUGUUGUUACUUUACCAAAAAAAAGAAAGACUCAGAGAUGACGUUUUACAUGUUUUCACUUUUCACUUAAUGAUUCAGUACAUCGCAUAAUUCUUGUUUUUAUUUUCAUUCACGUUACUAAGAUAGCCAAUCGUAUUUGCGUGAAAGAGUACAAACAUCCAUACAUCCUUACAAACUUUCACAGUUAUAAUAUUGGUAGGAUAAGUAGGAUUGUCAUAUUUCCAAAGUUAAAAAUACUCUGCACUGAUUUGAUUAUGAUAAAUCCUUAGUUAUUAUUGUUCUCAGACAAAAUAUUUUGAUAUCAAAUGAUUUCUAGAAUAUUUCUUUUAUCUCAAUUCAUGGUUUUUCGUGAGUAUGAACACAUGAUAAAUUAUGAACGGAGAAUUUAAUUAUUAUAUUUAUUCGAGAUUUCUACUGAACAGUUGUUCUGAAAACUAACAUUAACUAUAAAAAAAAAUAUUAGUACCUACUUAUAAAACUAUACAUAAUAUUAGUACUCAAAAAAUAUUUUAAUAUUUUUAAAAAUAUUCCAACAUAUAAUCUUUAACUAAUUAGAAUACAAUAACAGUCAAUAAUAACUUACAAACAUAUAAGAUUGUUAAUAUUUUAAAUUUAAAAAAUGCAUAUUCCAAAAUCAUAAGUUAUCAUUAUUAAUGAUGAGUAAUGAUUUUUUAUACAGUGAACUGUUAUUAUAAUAUAACAAUUUAAUUAUUUUAUAAAAUUAUAUUAAUUGAAAAUUGUGUUCUUAUUUCCCAGUCCAUUUUAGUACUAACUGACACCAAUAAUGGUAAGUAUUUCAAAAAUUGUUUUAAUAAUAAUUUUUAAAAACUAUUUAAUAUUUUCUAAUUUAAAUACAGCUCCAUCAUAUAAAAGUAAAAGAUUGGUAUGGCCAGAAGNCAUAUAAACAAUAAUAAAUUAUAAGACAAUAUUUCAAAUAUAUUUAAUAGUUAUUUAAAUUACAACUAUUAUAAAUACCUAAUCACUGCAUAUAUAAUCAUAAUUGUAAAUGUAACUUUUAUAAUAAAGUACCUAUUUACUUAUUAAUAUUAUUUAUUUACACAACUAUAAUAAUUUAAUGUAUUGUUUAUAAUUAUUUAAUUUUCAUAAUUUGUAAAAUUAUCUCUAUGUGUACAGUAAAAUAAAAUGGAUUACUUAUAUCUAAAAGUAAAACCUUUUUGUAAAAAAAAUAAAUGUAUUAAAUUGGUGAAGAGAUUUCGUCAUAAUGAAGGAGGGGGAGGAUUAUUUUUAAGAACUAUUAUCAUUUUCUUAUUUUUUUUUUAUUUUUAUUUUAAGCACACUCAGGCUUUUUGUAUGAUUAAUUUAUGCAAAAAUAAAUAAAUUUAAAUUCUGAUUUUAUGAAUUUUUAAGUGCAGUGAACGUCAAUAUGUUUGCAUACUUAGAUUUUUUACAACAUUAAUUAUUGUGGAGGUUUAAGGAAUAUCCUUUGGUGAUAAUAACAUUGGUUUUUCAAAUGAGAACGAAUGUUAUGAUGGAAAUUAUGCAGAUGAAUGCAUUUUUUAUGAAAUUUUGAAAGAAAUGUUUCUAAGAUAUUCCGCUUUAAAUACUAAAGAUAAUAAUGAUAACAUCUGACAGGAGUUGGAUAAUAACUGUUUCAUGUGUAUGGAUAAUUACUUGUUUUGAACCGUGCAGUUAUAUUUAUUCUCAUAAGUUGGAGUGGUUCUCAUAAGAAAAACCAAUUUUGAUAUUUUCACAAAAUUUUAUGUAAUGUACAUGUAUUCAAGCUAAUACUCCAUCAAUUUAUGAAAUUUAUUAUAUAGAUUGCCAUUUGAAAAUCAAUAGUAGGUUGUCGUUUCAUCCCCAAAAAUAAUGAUAACAAAAAAAAGUUUAUUGAAAAAAAUAUAUAUGUAUAGGUACAUUUGUGGCGCCCUUUUUGGGGCCCAGAGCUUCAGCUUUGUCAGUAUAUUAAUUAAUCAGGCAGGCCCUGUUAUCAAGUUUUUAUAAUCAUCGUAAAUUUCUUUUUGUUAAAAUUUUUUUUAUAGCAUUACCGAGGACUUGAUAAUAUAUUCAAUAAUUUUAUAGAGAAAUUAGGUUUUUAAAUUUUAAUAUUCUUACGAUAUGAAGUUAGUUGUUAUCACUAAUGUCAUUUUGAACGUUUUAAAUAUUAAUAAUGAUAUAAAUAUUCACUCAAAUCAUUAUUUUGACUACGUGAAGUAAUUGAUUAUCUUUUUAUAAUGUUAUUAAUUUGUCUUCACAGCUUUUAAUUUUAUAUUCUUAGGUAUAUGCGUUUCACCACCAGAAAUAUAACUUCACGGUAUUUCCAGUUUAUGAGUUAAAUUUAGUAGAAAUUAAGUUCGUGGAUUUUUAAUUUCAGUAUAAAAAUUAUAUAUUAUUAAUUAUAUCAUAAACAUUAAGUAUUACUAAUUAUUGAUCAUACUAUAUAAUUUUUAUUAUAAACAUGGAUGCCAUUUUAUUUUAGAUUUGGAUUAUUGAACAUACUGAAGCACCUUAUGCAACAUCGCAUAUAAAUGAUAACGGUGAUUUUAAUUGGACAGCUAACUAUCGUUGGGAUAGUGACAUACCGCGACCUUAUGGGUAUUUUAAAAAAUAUGAACCUGAACAACCCUUGCCAAGUAUUGUUAAAAAUUAUGCAGAAGGUAAAACUAAACAAGUUGCUUGGUUCGUGUCAAAUUGUAAUCCCAAUAACAAACGUAACGAAUAUGCUGCUGAACUUUCAAAAUAUAUUUCGGUUGAUAUAUAUGGUCUUUGUGGUACUCUACAAUGUCUCAGAUCUAAUGAAGAAGAAUGUUUCAAGAUGUUGAAUGAAGAUUAUAAAUUUUACUUAGCUUUUGAAAACGCAAACUGUGCAUAUUAUAUUACGGAAAAAUUUUUCUUAAAUUCACUUAGGUNUGAACUUUCAAAAUAUAUUUCGGUUGAUAUAUAUGGUCUUUGUGGUACUCUACAAUGUCUCAGAUCUAAUGAAGACGAAUGUUUCAAGAUGUUGAAUGAAGAUUAUAAAUUUUACUUAGCUUUUGAAAACGCAAACUGUGCAUAUUACAUUACGGAAAAAUUUUUCUUAAAUUCACUUAG